UCUCCAUUUCCCCGCCCCGCCCCUUUCUCUGUCCUCCCUGGAUAAACUCAGACCACAGGCCUGGCGUCGCGAGUGCCGAGCGGACGGCGGGGCGGGAGGAUUAAUUAGAAUUCUUCAAAUGUCAGUCCUCACAGGCCCUGAACAACCUGCAGAUGAAAUGGAGAAUCAAAUAACAUCACCUGAUCCAAGGCCUGGUGCCCCUCCUGAGUACAAUUCCCAUUUUGUACCAGGGCCCCCUGGACCAGCUGUCCCUCCUCCUGCAGGCCACCCAGGAGGCUUGCCUGUGGGAUACUACAGUCCACAUCAGCCCACUACCUUCCCCUUGUACAUGCACACUGGUGGUAGCCAUCCUAUCCAGUACCAGCCUGGAAAAUAUCCUGCACCACAACAUUCUGCUCCAGUAGUGUGGAUGCCAAUGCCAACUGUUAUGCCAAACUGUCCUCCAGGUCUGGAAUAUUUAGCCCAGUUGGACAACAUACAUGUUCUUCAGCAUUUUGAACCCCUGGAAAUGAUAACAGGUUUUGAAACUAAUAAUACAUAUGAUAUUAAAAACAACCUGGGCCAGAUGGUUUACUUUGUGACCGAAGACACAGAUGACUACACCAGGAAUGCUUAUCGGACACUGAGGCCCUUUGUGCUCCGGGUCACUGACUGUAUGGGCCGAGAAGUCAUGACAAUGCAGAGACCUUUCAGAUGCACCUGCUGCUGCUUCUGUUGCCCCUCCACCAGGCAAGAGCUGGAGGUGCAGUGUCCUCCUGGCGUCACCAUUGGCUUUGUUGCCGAGCACUGGAACCUGUGCAGGGCAGUGUACAGCAUCCAAAACGAGAAGAAAGAAGACAUGAUGGGAGUGCUUGGGCCAUGCUCAACCUAUGGCUGUGGUUCAGAUUCUGUUUUUGAGGUCAUAUCCCUUGAUGGUGUAUCCAGUAUCGGCAGUAUUACUCGGAAGUGGAAUGGUGUGUUAUCAGCAAUGAGUGAUGCUGACCACUUUGAAAUUCACUUCCCAUUAGACCUGGAUGUGACAAUGAAAGCCAUGAUUUUUGGAGCUUGCUUCCUCAUUGACUUCAUGUAUUUUGAAAGCUCUCCACCACAACGUUCGUCCACUCAUAAUUGAAGGAUACUGCAAAUCGGCAAUUCUGAUUAAUGAAAAAAAUUUAGAAAAGUUGGUUGGGCUUACAGUCAGCCCUCAAUUAUUCACAAAUAUAUGUAUCUGCUCUUGCAGAUUAUUGUUAUUGGGUAUUAGCUUUGACAGGUAGGCUGAGAGUGUAAGUGCAAGAACACAUCUAAACAUGUGUUUCUAUUGAGUAUCUGUCUCCCUGUCUACUUGGUAGACUAGGAGUUUACCUGAAAAAGUUAUGACCCAUUAACCAAGUAAACUUGAAAACACUUUAAACAUGAAAUGAGGGAAAAUGAAUCCCAAAGCUUUCACAUUAAUUGAUAGUAAAAUGAUGGGCUUUUUAGAGCAAUCUUUGUUGAGAUAGAGUAAUAUAGCUUCUCUCUCUGACCCUCUCCUCUCCAUCAAUAUGUCCAGUUACUGAAGACAAAUUUGAUUCCAGGUGAAAAGAAUGAUACUCUUCAUUGUUAAAAACAAAAAGGAAGGCAGACAGAAAUAUGUUUUAUUGCACAAGGAAAAUUUUACCUGUGCAAAUGUAUCAGAACCUCAUUUUGCAAACUUCAUAAAAGUUUCAAUGGAAAUUUUAAUUUUAUUACAAAAUAAAACAUGUUUUUCAUAUCAUAAGGUUAUAUUUUCCAUGCCUCAUUUACUAGCAUACACAAUCAGGAGCUGCCUCUGUAUGAAGAUGGGGUCAGACUACCAGGACCAUUAACCAAUCUAGAUCUCUGAGCAAUUUAGAGACAUCAGUGCCCUUAUGAGAAGCUUGUAUUUAAUACAUUUAAUCUCUCUUGGUUAUAGAUGUCUUACAUGUAAAAUAGGUUUGGUCGAAUCUCUAGGAUUGCCUAUUGAACCUGUGUCUCAUUUGAUAUGACACAGAGGAGAUGAUUUUUUUUUUUUUUCUUACAAGAAGAUCCCUGAUUUGAACUGUGCUGUUCAAAUUGCAAGAGUUGGAGUUUUGUUUUUAAAUUUUGAAAUGUGACAUUCUGCGUAGCACUUGGUAAAAGCAAAAAUUACAAAUGCAGACACUGCUUAAUAUUGUUUUGCUGUUUUUUAUUUAAAUGGUAGAUAAAUCUGUAUCUAUGCAAAGAAAAUGAUAAAACACAGCAAACAUGCUGCUUCUCUGGGAUCUAUAGCUUAUCAGUAAAGAUUAUUUGGAUCAACAUAGUAAAAGUAUAAAUUACACUUAUUUGUAUUAACUAGUUAAAAUCACAGUGUAUUAGUGAAUACACUCUGAUAAAUCAACUUGCCUCUACUGCACUUUAGCUUCCUAUCUAGACAUGAACUGUGUUCUUUCAGCACAGCCAGUACAUAGAAUGGAAUGUAUUCUUCCACUGCUCUUUGUUAAAAGAAGCAAGACUGAGUGUUCUUUGGUAUGAGAUGAAGGCCUUCACCCACAGUUCCUGUUGAAGUGAAAGAAAGGUGCCUCAUUUUAAAAUUAAAUUCAUCUUUUCCUGGUAAAUGUUUUUUCACCCAGUUUCUUGUAAUGUUCAUUUUUAUAUGCUACUACUAGCUUUCUAAAGAAAUGUAAAAACUGCUUGUUUCUAAAAUAAUAAUUACCUUAUAUUUAAGGCAAUUGUAGUCUUAAACGGACAGAUAUAUUAUUUCUUAUAAUGAUGUCUGACAUUUGAUAUAGCAGAUCAGACAAUAGUAUUCAGAAACUUUACUAUAUCAACUUUUCAUUUUUACUUGUCUACAUCCCUACAUUCUAAGACCUGAUGCAUAAUACUAAGAAAAAAUUAUUUCUAGCAUGACAUUUUAAAUUUCUGUUUAAAGUUUUUGUGGUAUUAACAUGUCUCUUACAAUUUCUUUCUUUAAAAAUAAUACUAUGUUUUUUAUAUUUUUAUACUACAGUUUAUAUUAUAAUUUUUAUGUUUCUUAACGAUAUUUCAUUGUGUAAAACUGAUCAGAUUGAUUAACAAAACAAGACAUUCUCUGAAAUGUGU